AUUCAAUCAAUAAUAAAUAUUGAUUUAAUUCUUACUUUAUUGUUUAAUUAUUUUCUUAUGAUAUUAUUCAAAGAUAAAUACCAUGAAUGUUAUGAACUGGAAUGUGGAACAACAAUGUUUAGAUCGUACAUUAUCAUUAACAGAUGUACGAAAAAAAUUAUUUCCUACAAAAAUUAUACUUGAUCGUGGACCACUAUUAGAUGAAAACAAGUACUCACCAAAGACAUUAGUAGGUGAUUGGUUUGAACGUAGAGCAGAUUACAUAAUCCAACCUGAUGAUUGGAGAACUACAUAUGAAAUAGAUUUUAAACCUCAUAUUAAUGAAACUUGGAAAAUAAAUCAAAUUGUAAAAUGGGAAAACAAACUUAUACAAGAGGGUUUACCCCAAGAAAAAUUUUUUCAUCACGAAAAGGAAUAUUAUAGUAAUAUGACAACUACUUAUGAUUUAUGUUAUAAUAUUUUACCAAAAGGUCUCGAAGGACCUAAAAUUAGAUCUUAUAAUGCAAGACAGAGAAAAUGGAUUCCAGAACAAGAUUUAUUGAAAAGUUUUGGUACGUUAACUCAAUUCGGAUUAAAAGAUGCAUUAAAAGAAGAAAUAUAUAGAGAUUCAAAGGAAGGAAUAGCCAAAUGUCAAUGGUGGAGUACUUACAGAGAAGAGAUUGGAGAAACAAAACCAUUAGAUAUUGAACAGGAUACUAAAUUUCGCAGACGAAAAGUGAAUUUUAAUGUACCAGAUCUUAGACAUUUUAAAUAUAAAUCAGAUAAUGAAUAUUGUUUAUUACCAUUUAAAGUUAAAAAUUCAAUAUCAAAUGUGCAAAAAUGUACAAAAAAAUAAUAGUAUAAAAUAUAUUAUUCAUUAAAAAACUUAUAAAUUUUUUUACAUAAAUAUCUUAAAUAAAGAUAUAAUAUUUAUUUUAUUUAGUUAUUUUAACAUUACAUCAUAACACAAUAAUAUAUAUUCUUAUAAAUAUAAAGAAUAUACUUUGGAUUUCAUCAUUAUAUAUGUACAAAAUUUGUAAUGCAAAAAUUUUUAUUUAUAUUAAAAAAAAUAAAAAAAGAUAGUUUCAUAAAUGUACAUAUGUAUAAAUAUUAAGAUAUUAAUUAAUUAUUAAUUAUGUAAUUAGUAGUGUAAUUUGAAAAUUAUUUUUAUUUUAAUUUUAAAAUCAUUAUAUAAUAAAAAUAUUGAUUUUUUUUAAUUUUAAAGAAAUAUAAUAACACCAUUAUAGAAACUUUUAUUGAUAUUUUAUUUCACUUAAUGGUAUUGCUAGCUUGUACUUUUAUCAUCUGUAGUUUUUUAUUUACAAUAUUAUUUCAUAGAUAUUUUAUAUAAUAUAUAAUUAUCAUUAAAAGAAUACUUAUAUUUUUAAAUUGGAUAAAAUUUUAUUUAGUAUAUAUUAUAUAUUAUUUUAAUAAGAUUGAAAAAGAUAAGAAAUAUUUUAAAAAUUAUAAUAAAAAUUUUGAAUAUACUAAAAAAAAAUUAUAAUUCUCAUUUAAAAAAUUUAUCUUUUUAUUUUCAAACCAUUUUUAUAUUCAAAACAUUAAACAUUAACAUUCAAAACAUAUUCAAGAUAAUAGUACAAGAUUGCAAGUACCAAAAUUUACAUAAAAAAUUAACAUGUAUUAUAAUAAUAAUAGAAUUGUUUUAAUAAGAUUUAUAAUGUUGUUUGUUAAUUAUGAGUCACAGUAAUGAAAGCAAUUUUUCUUAUAUUCACAAAUAUAAUAAUAGAAUUAAAAAAAAAAAUUAAACAUUA